UAAGGAUUACAUAUAUAUAUAGAUAUAUAGAUAUAUUUUUUUAUUGAAAUAUAUUGAAGAAGCAGUUAUAUUGUGAAAGUGCAUUGGACAAUGGAAUCGUCACACGUGAUCGAUUUCAAUUUUAAUUUGACAAGUUUUUUGUUUUUUUAUUUUGUUUGCGAAUAAAUAUAAUAAUAACAAUAUUAUUAUUUUAAAACAAUUGGACGAGGUAAUGAAUAAAUGUUGUUUUGUUAGAAAUAAAUGUUCGUACGUACGUUCGAUUCGUUCGUUCGGAAGCAUUAGAAAAUCAAUCUUGUUAGGUUACAAAUCAAAGUGUUAUAUUCAAGGUGGCAUCAGUUAGGGAAUAUAAUUAUCGAUCGAGAUGGGAAGAAAUAUCAUCGAUCGUGGUAAUAUCGUUAAAUCGAAAAAGAAAAGAAAAUACGGGCAUCGUACGCGUUGGUGACCGAUGUUUGCGCAUAGAGAAGACAAAUUCGAGGUUGAGAAACUACCUCGAAGACGAAGACGAAGAAGAAGAAGAAGAAGACGACGACGAGGUAGAAGUGGACGGAUGAUUAAUUUUGCUUUUGUUGAAUAAAAAAAUAAAAAAGGAGGAGAAGAAGGAGGAGGUGGGGAAAAAAGAAGAAAAAAUACAGAACGAUUGACAAGGAUCAUAAUCAUCAAGGAUCAUAAUCUCUCGUCAUCAUGGCUUACGUUCUUUGGCGUGUAUUUGUUAAGAAGUAUUACAAAGUUCGUUUUGGCGUCAGGAAUCCAUUGGUGAUACCGGCUGAUCGUCGGUUACCCGAAAAAGAAGAAAUCUGGACACUACCGAAUGAUCAACAAGAAACAUCAACAGCAUCCUUGGAUGAAAUUAUCGAUGAGAAAUCAAAGGUUCAUCAAGAAUUGGACAAAGUCUCUUAUAAAACUCAAGAAUCUAUACCUUUAGAUACUUCAGAUAACACGGAUAUUAAUCUACCGCGUAGUCAAGAGACUAGGAAGAGUAAAACUAAGAGAGUUAAGAGUUACCUUCGCAAAUGUAAGGGUGCUCUUUCCAAGGGUGACGAAAGUGUCAAUGAAAAGAAACGUCAAGAGAAUUGUACGUCUUGGUAUUUCGAUGAAACUCAAUCACCGUUGACGACUCGCCGUCGUCGUGAAGAUAACGAUGAUUAUUUCGAAAAGUAUACCGAAUUAUCCGAGGAAAGAUUUAACCAACAACAAAAUGAUCCAGAAGGGACCACUUCCAACGAAAUUAUUGCAGAUGUUCUCGCGAAAACAUCGGAAAAAGAUUCGAGUGUUAAUCAUGAAUGUGAAAACAGAAUAUGCGUUAAUGAAAACAACGGUAUUGAUGUAUCAACUAAACAAUGUGAAUCCGAUGAACAACAAACUUGUAGAAAUGAAUACGAAGAGGUGAUCGAUACAGUGACUAUCGUUAAUUUAUCUAAUGAAAAUACUAAUUUGGACAAGUGUGAUUCGAGCGAUACUCUUAUCGCUGAAGUGUCGGAAGUGUUACAAUGUGUAGAUUUAAAUGCUACGACAACUGUUGUGCAACAGAAUGACGAGAAAAUUCAUUUUGAGGAAAAACAAGAAGAAAAAGAAGAAGAAGAAGAAGAGGAAGCAUCGAAUGAUCCUGAAAUUCCUUUGAUUUUACCUCUCCCAGCGGCUCGUGGUGAUGUCGCCUCUUUAGUACGGAAUCUACUUGGACCAAUUUAUGGCGAUGGUGUUAUCAAUUUGUUGAUAAGACAGGCGCGAGACAUCCUAGUAUGCGCUUAUCACGGAAACCUGGAGAACUUUGUAAAAUCUUAUCUUUCACCCGCCGCAUAUCUACUCUCAAAGGUGAAAAAUGUUGCUUCAGAAACGGGUAAUGAAUUAGUGGUGCCAGAGGGUUGGCCUUUGACGAUAGGUGGGAGAGCCCUUGUCCUGCAGUUGGGCGAACUCGAAGCUUCGGCACUAAGACUUGGGGAAUGUUACCUCUGUGUACGGAGUGCAGCAGUAACAGCAAGCACUUUGUCGAGCGGUACCGUGGCCGCUGCCGCUGCUGCUGCUGCUGCUGCUGUUGAAAUCGUCGAGCGGAAUACCGUCGAGAUAGCAGUGAUCUGGCGAGCAACGUCGAUGAGGGCCCCAGGGAUCCUCGGUUGGGAGCGUGAGGACGAGUUUAUGGACUGGCGGGAACCUUCGCGAAAAACCCAACACAAUUCUACAACAAUAACAGGGUCCAAUAGCGGUGCUAGUACGAGUACGACAACGACGGUAGCCAGAGCACGUCGUAGGUCGCGUGAAACAUCAAAAAGUGUUAAAGAAGACCAAAAAAAGGAAGAAGAAGAAAAGGAAGAAGAGAAAAAAGAAGAAAAAGAAGUAGUAGUGGAAGGAUCAAAGGAAGGAUCAGAAGAUUCCGAUGUUGGUCAUACGAGUUCGAGUAUUUUGACGGCUAUGACGCCAGUGACGAAAUCAAAUUCGACGUCUAGCGUCAUAUGUUGGAAAAACGAAAUAGAAGAUAGUGAUAGUGGAUUUGAAAAAUAUUCCCAACAACAUCAACAGCAACCAUCGCAAGAGGAAUUAACUGAGGAGGAGGGUUUCGAAUCAUCGUCAUCUAGUCUUUCGGCAAAAGUGAAAAGGUGCGCCAAGGUUGUAUCACCAACGAUAAUGGAAAAGUGGAAGGAAAGUGGUAGAUGCGAAACAAGAAGCAGACCAAUCGCACCCGAGGAUCUAAAGAGUCCUCUUAGGUUGGAACAACUUGUGGGAAGGCAGGAAGUUGAAAAGAGGAGGGAAACGAGGAAGGAGCAACUGGAAGAACGACUACAGAAAGCUCGACACCUCGAGGACGUAACCGACGAGGAACUGCCGACUUACAUCGCCAAUCUUCUCGUCACCGUUGAACGAAAGAUCGAAAGGGUCUCCCUCGAUGAUCUUACAUUCCCCUGUCCUGCCUGUAGGAAUAUAGACACAGACGAUCCUCUUCUUGGUUGUAAGUGUGCAGGUGAAGAUUGUGCCUGCGGCGAGCACGGUCCUGAAGACGAGUGUGAUUGCGGUACGGCAUCUUCCUCUUCUAUAACAUCGAAUUCAAGGAAAGAUCAAUGUGCCAGAAGCUUCGAAGUGGCUGGCAUCAAACAUAUCGACAGCGACGAUGAGGAAGAAGUUCGUAUGGGAUUCGGAACGAAAAAACGAGCCGACGAAGUCACUUCACCCAGGACGAUUCAUGACGUACCGGAACACGUUCUGACAUGCGGUCUGACACUGCCCGGAUAUACGGACACCGCAGGAAGACCGGUUCUCGAAUUUGAGGACACAACAAAGAGGGAAAAUCUCACCGUCAAAGAAAUUUCAUCCUUUUUGCUCUACCUCGCCCGUUUGCCCAGUUCAGAACACACGAAAGAUGGAUGGAGUCUACUCGUUCGUAGUGAAUCUAUGGAAUGUUUGGAUCUUUUGGAUAAAGCAUUGCUUCUUGUACAAGGAAGAAUCAAUGUGAAUCAAGCAUACAUCUUACGAAGUAAUACAGAAAACUCAGCAAACGACUCCAUGUUACCUCUUAGUCGUGUCAAAACGAUUGUAAUAAACGAUACGACGAUCAAUAAAUUUCUAAGAGAAAGGCGCGAAAGGAAUCACGAUCAAACGCAGUGGAUUACAUUUUACAAGGAAUACGAUGGGUUAAUGAGCGAAUGGCAUGCAGCUGGGCGGAGAUUAGCGCUGGAAAUGUCAGAAUUAAAAGAAUGCACAAGUUUGUCCGGCACCUUGACGCCUCUCGGUCGGCUCCUAACGGACCCAACAUUGAGAAGAACGUCUAGGGACGCUGAAGUAGCCAUUGCAGCUUUGGAAGAACGUGCUACACCGCUUUUACACAUCGAUUAUGUCAAAUUAUCUCUACAACGAGCAAGAAGAUUGAUGGAGGAAGUUGGUAACGCAGCAACGAGACUUGAGUCUUCAUUUGAAUCACGUAGAGCAACUAUACGCAAUCUCGCUGUACUUCGAAGUAUCGAGGAUCAAGCACGCGAGGUAUUGUCGUGGCUCUGCAAAAAAGGUGAAGACGUAUUGUCGAAACACGCACAGCACUCAGCAACAACGCUCUCAGCAGCUCGUCAUCACGAGAGGGAAUUUGAAAAGUUUUACUUUACGUCGAUGAGACACAUCGACAAAGGAAGCGACCUCGCAGAGGCUGCGAGUGCGAGCGGACUCCGUGAACUCGCGAGAUCCUUGAAACAACAUCUGCGAGGAUUUGGUUCAAGAUUAGAGGAUAGACGGGAAUAUCUCGAGGAUACGUCGAGAUGUUGUCUGCUACAGGACCGUGCUUACGAGUGGGCCCAGGAGGCUCGCGUGGCCGCCGAAAGGAGAUCCCAACAAUUUCUUAUGGCGAGGCCACCCCUCCCACCUGAACAUUUCAACGAGAUGAUGGCCCUCGCUGAAAAACUCGGUAACGAGAUACUACUUGAACAAUGUCGCAUUGCCAGGAGCAAGUGUGCGGAAGCAUUAGAAAUUGCUAGGACUUCUUCGGCACCUGGUUCACCAGCUAGAAGAAGAUCUUUUGCCACUUCGGACUCCGCAACUUCUUGGGACGACAGUCUGACGAAGAGAACUUCAUGGGACGAUAGUGAUAGCACCGCAUCUUACGCAUGUCCGAUGGAAAGUGUUGGAUCCGGCGGAAGUGGAGGUCGACCGGUAUUGGACAACAUUGCCGAACUUCGGGAAAGUGCUGAACAACUUCUCGAUUGUUCACCACCAAGAACACCACCAAGAAGUCCAGCACCCCGAAGAUUGGUCAAACCUCCAGUUAAUUCGCAUCUUCAUAGGGCGGCUAGUAUAGCACCCGGAAUGAAAGCCAAAAAAACGAUACUUCUUAUAAUGAGAGAGAUGAUACAAACUGAACGAGACUAUGUGAAGUCGUUGGAAUAUAUAAUAGAGAAUUACAUCCCGGAGCUCGUGCGUGAGGAUAUACCCCAAGCUUUAAGAGGUCAAAGAAACGUAAUCUUUGGUAACGUCGAGAAAAUCUAUGAAUUCCAUAGUCAACAUUUCUUACGAGAGUUAGAACAAUGUGAACAGUCGCCUAUGCUCGUGGGACAAUGCUUUUUAAGACACGAAAAGAAAUUUUAUCUUUAUGCACUUUACAAUAAGAACAAACCAAAUUCGGACUCGUUAAUGGCCGAAUAUGGGACAGCAUUCUUCAAGCAGAAACAAAUGGAACUAGGAGAUAAAAUGGAUCUAGCUAGUUAUCUUUUAAAACCUGUCCAACGAAUGGGAAAGUAUGCGUUGCUCCUCCAACAAUUAGUCAAAGCUGGGACGGAUCUUUCCGAACAAAUGUCUGGCAAAGAUGAGAAAGAAGAAAAAGAGGAUAGCGUAAAACCAGUAGUGGAGGGAGAGGCUGAUUUAAGAGCUGCUGAACAGAUGGUACGGUUUCAACUUAGGCAUGGAAAUGACCUCCUGGCGAUGGACUCCCUCCGAGAUUGUGACGUAAACGUCAAAGAGCAAGGUAGACUGUUAAGACAAAAUGAAUUUUUGGUUUGGCAAGGUAAAGGAAAGAAGUGUCUACGUCAAGUUUUUCUAUUCGAGGAUUUGAUUCUCUUCAGUAAAGCGAGAAGAUUCCCUGAUAGAAAGAACCUAGACAUAUACAUCUACAAACACAGUAUCAAAACGACGGAUAUAGGUUUGACAGCAGUGAUCGCGGAUUCACCAACCAAAUUCGAGAUUUGGUUCCGCAAAAGGAAGCCUGGCGAUACGUACACGUUGCAAUGCGCAAGCGAGGAUAUAAAAAAAGCUUGGACCGAGGAAUUGAGCAAUCUUCUGUGGAAGCAGGCGCUUCGAAACAGAGAAGUGCGCCUGGCGGAGAUGUCGAGCAUGGGCAUAGGAAACAAACCUUGUUUGGACAUUAGGCCUAGCGCUGAUCAAAUAAACGAUCGUUCCAUCAGCGUAGCUCAACUUUCGAAAACAGCACCAAGAUUCAGAAACUCGAUAGCAGUCUCGAUGUCAGAAGAUUCCGGACGUUGCAGUAGAAGACCGCACAGCGUAAUUUCAGUAAGUUCAUCAUCGAGUAGCGGUGGUAGCAGCGGACCACCUACCACCCAUAAUCUCGGUUUGGAUACGAGUCCCCGACCUCAUCAUCGAAGCACUACUUUAAACAGUCAGUGCAGCGUCGGUAAGUCGUUCGUCGGACGAUUAUCAGCGUCGAGCUUAGCAUCCUAUUGUCUUUCUCGCGAGAUCUGUUUUCUUGAUCCCUCGCUUGCAGAAAGCGGAAUAAUAGCUGAUAUAUCGAUCGUCUCGGACGACGGUGGUGAUGGCACUGAAAGGAGUCAUUGGAAUUCGACAUUGGAAAGUCCUAUGUCACAUUUGCCAACAACCUCAACUCCAUUACAAUCACCAAGCAGUGCAACGGUGGCAACGGUUACCACAGCUACUUCCUCGGACACCAAUCUAACGCCUUACGAUCAAGACAUGUCCAUCAAUCUUUGAACUAUAACUCGCUCGACGAUGUCCAAAGGGAGUUGAAACUCCUUCGCAGGACAGAAAAUAGAUAACAAGCGGUGUUGAUUCACUCGCAAUUAUUACAUACAUUUUAAAUAACGUCUAUGUCUCUUACGUUCGAUGUAGCGUGAUGUGCAGGUGGUCUAAGUGGCAUAUUAGUUAGGUGCAAAAAAGAAAUAAUAUUCUAAAGGGCGUAAACGUAAUUGUAGUAGACUUUCGAGAAAUCACAAUUAUCUUCUGUGCGAAAAUAAUUACUUUCAAUAAACAGAAACAUAAAAUUCAUAUACAACAGAAAAAGGGAAAAAGAAAAAAGAAAAAAAGGAAGAAAUGAGUUAGAGUGUAUGUCGAGUACAGUUAAAAGCUAUGAAAUUACGCUUAAGAUGAAUUCCUCUGCGACCAUAAAUAAAUCUUCGACCGUUGUAAUCACGCUAAUCGUAAAACAGAAUGGAUUGAACCGUUCUCGUUGUCGAGAGAGUCGUGUGACAGAGUUGAAUACAUAUUGAAAUCAUUUUCGAGUGAGUCUAUAUCUUUUGAUACGCUUUAAUUACGCGACUCAUGUGCGAUCAUUAUGAUAAGCCAGUUUAUGGCGCGCCUGAAUCGUAUGUUCCAACUGAUUUAUUAUUUUCAUCAGAACUAAACCACAAUAUGCAUAUUUUCUUAUAACGUGUUUCUAAAUCCAGAAAUGUGCUCGAAACUUAUAAUUGUUAGAUACAACAAAAUGUGUGCUCCUACCGAAGUAAAAUAAUAUGUGCUACAGUACUAAAUUAUACUCGAUGGCAUGCACCUAAUCGCUCUAGGUUGUCCUUCAUGUUUUUUUUUUUUUAACAUAUAUAUAAAUAUUGGCAUUCCUAAAACAAUCCCUUUUCCGCAACCCAAUUCUCACAAAAAAAAAAACACGAUCGAAGGAUUAUCUCGACAAAAUUGCUAAUAAUAUUUCUCACACACACAUAUAUAUAUAUAUACAUAUAUACAUACUUUUAUACUUUUUAAUUUAUACUGUAAGUAAAUAAUUCCAAGUCCACGUUGUGUUCGCUCUGUAAAUCUUUGAAAGGUAAAUUUUUAAUAUUACGAUUCCCAAGAUGAGAUGAUCCAAAGGAAAGAUUACCUUGUUGUUUUUUUCAAAUGGAAUUGCAUUAGUUGCAAUAGGGUUUUCUUUUUCUUUUUUUUUUUUUCUUCUUCUUCUGUCAUUUUCAAAGAAAUUAAGUUUUCAUUAACGUCUACAUCUUCCUUCGGGAAUGUCAAAUUAAUGCGCACACAUACACAUAACACUUUGUAAUAUAAUGUAAUAUUAAAGGUUUAUAUUCUCUCUCUCUCUCUCUCUCUCUCUCUUUCUCUAUCUUUCUCUUUCUCUAUCUAUUUCUAUCUCUUCCUAUUUUCUUUGCUCUAUGUAGCCCACACAAGUAAUAUAAUCGAUAGUCCAUAUAUUACUUUCAGAUUAUAUUUCAAAUAUAUAUAAUAUUAUAUUCUUUUUAUGUCAGUCAUUUAUAAAAACCUUUUAUCACACCCCGUAAAUUUAAUUAGAUUCUACUACUGUGGCGUGUAAAAGAUUAAAAAAAAGGAAAAAAGGAAAAAAAGAAAAGAAAAAAAGUAAUCCAAUUCUUUUUUAUACUCGUCGUGGAUAGAUGUUUUGGAAAAGCUUAUGAUCAAUUUCAAACGGUAAGCUUAGCUUAAAGACAAUCCACGCAUUCAUUUUGUCCGCUCUUGUAUGAUUUUUAUUUUUUCUUGUUUUGUUUGUUUCUUUUUUUUUUUUACAAAUCAAUAUUGCAGGUUUUGAUUAUGAUUUCUUGUAAUCUACUUUUUUAUUUUUACCAAUAGAUAAUACAACAUUCCUUGUAACUGUAUAAGCGAAUGAAUGAUAAUACUAUUUUCUCAACAAAAAAAAAAAAAAGAAAAACAUAUU